AAAACCCCUAACCCUGGGCCAAAACAUCAAGUUGUGAUGCACAUCAACCAACGAAAACGGAUAGUAAUAGGUCACCUGAGUGACUCUCAUCAAUACAUGUAACAGCAUAUGAAGUUUGAAGAAAAUAUUUAAAUACUUUUUUUCAAUCUGAGCUUUGAACUGAGCUAACUGCAUAAUGGAAGUACAGAGGACGGACAUUACAAAUAUAAUAUGCCUGGGCAAUAUUCACGGUGGGACCUAAAAACCAUUCUUAACAAUCCACAAAUUUAUACCUAUACUAUUAUGCUACACUUCUGCUUAAGGACAAAACUAAUUCAACAGCAGGAAAUAUCUUAAGCCAAAGUUCAAGUGUUAUUAAUCUCAAGUCUGUAUCAGAAAAUUUCAUCAAAAGCAACAGGUGUCCAUAAUACAUGCAGGAAACGAAAUUGAUAACUUAUAUUGGGUAAGUAGGAUAUUCAACAUUUUGACAGAAUUUGAUUUAGUAAGAAAGUUUCAAUAUUUCCUACACAGAGUUAAUUGAGAUACGUCAGUAUUAUAUUCACUUGUCAAAUUAAAAUCCUCAGUGUCUGUGAGCUUGACCCCCCAAUACCUAUCGAGAGGAAGCUCCUUAAGGUUAAAUCGGAAGAAAGGAAUAUACACCACUGAAAAUGGACUCCAUUAGAAGCUCACAAAUAACUGAAGGCAUACAACACAUAUCAGAGUCGGUGUUUGUGGGGCUUUGUCAUAAAGUUGGGACCUCACAAGUGGUGGCCAUGAGGAGAGAUGUGGUGGACAUAUUGGAGAUGGUGAUGAAUCACCUACCAAAAAGUGAUAAGAUAGGUACAAUGGUGAGUGGAAGUUAUGGAGAAGGAUUCAGACUUAAAGGAUCAGAUAGAGACUUUAUGUACUGGCCAAAUAAUCACCGUGUGAUCUGGGAUUUAUCUCAGUCAAAGUAUUACAACACACACAGACAAACACUGAUCCUCUGUGACUGUUCUGAUAGUCCACAUGGAUUUACUUUGUUAUAUUUAUUGUCAACAAGCAUGGACAGAAGAAUCCAUAGAGCGUGUGUUAGAAUGAAUAAUGAAUAUUAUGUAUCUAGUUCUAAAUACAGACAGAUCACUUUAUCUGCGUUAUCAAUACCUUAUAACCCCACUCCACAUGGACCCUGUGCCAGUGGAACAAUUGGAAGACUAGAACAUGAUCAUGCCCACUGUUUUGUCAGUGACCUUUGGCCUCCCUCUGCCUUUCCAUGGAUAGACAGAUGUCACUCAUGGCCCCAGCCUCAUGUUGUUCAUGAUAUAGUGAAAAAUGGUUGUCACUUUGUAGCAAUAGGACAUAAGCUAGGAAAACAUGAAGAUCAUGAAUGGAGAAUUUCUUUCUCCCUAGCAGAACAAAAACUUGUGUAUGUAAUGAAUCACUGUCAGUUCUUAACUUACGGCUUACUUAAAUUGUUCUUAACAGAAAUAAUUAACAAUGGGGUAGGUGAUGAUGAUAAAUUACUGUGUUCCUAUCACAUGAAGACGGCAGUUUUUUGGGUAAUUCAACAAAAUACAAUUCCUCACUGGUGUCCACAAAAUCUCCUGGGGUGUUUCUGGGUCUGUUUUAAACUCAUCCUCAAAUGGGUGUAUGAGGGAGUCUGUCCUAACUUUUUCAUUCCAGGCAACAACAUGUUUCUGAGUAAAAUUCAUGGCGUCAAACAACAUCAAUUAUUUAUAAGCAUGUCAGAGUUGUAUGAAAAGGGUUUAGCAUUCCUGGUACAUAGUCCCUCCAUCAGAUCUUGUAUGAUAGAUGUCCUCUAUAACCCCAGAAACUCCAUAUGUACAAAUGAUCAUACUCUGAUUUCUGAGGCUGAGUUUGAUAGAAAUCUAUUUCGUGAAAUACUACCUCUUAACAUAAUAUCAGGCAAACUGAACAUACAAAGCUACAUUAGAUAUCUACAUUCAAUAGAACAGAUGAUAGGUUCAUCCCUCCUGACACAGUAUCAGGUCAUUACGCUACAGAACAUGAUUGCUAGUGCCCUUCAGAACACUGCUUUUAUAUUUCACAUGGAAACGUACACACCUGAAAACAAACUGAGUUAUAGAGCUGACAAAAUGUCCUGUCACAUGCUGAAAUUAACAGCCAAGUUAGGUUGUAUUACUGACAUGCUGUACAUAGCCAUGUAUUAUUACAAGGCACUUAGAUACGUGAAAGCUUUAUCUGUUAUAGAGAUGAUCAAGGUCAAGUUAGCACAGCCUUAUGUGAUGUAUAGUGGUAAUGUAGAUACAGCGCUGUAUAUUGAGGCUGUAGGUGGACAGUCCUGGUCUACAAAGAUAAGACAGGUUGUUGUAGGGGAUAUCAUACUUUACAAUGGAAUCCAUUACAUCAGUGAACUGAUACCGGAACAACAGUCUGCUCUACAGAGACACAUGUCUAUAUUAUACAUCCCACAUUUGGUACUGUUAUACAUGCUUGAAAUUUUGUGCUACAGACUUGUAGACACAAUGAGAGUACAAACAGCUCUAGAUGAUCUACAGACCCUAGUUCACUAUGAUCUGGGACAGCUCAUACCUUUAGAUUACAGAGACAUAUCGUGGCAGAUUCUGGGGAUCUGUCAACAGGUGACAGGGAAUCUCCAGGCUGCUCUAUACUCAUACCAACAAUCUCUCAGACAAAAACCCUUCCAUAAAAUACAAACAGCUACACAAAUGAGAAUACAGAGAAUUUACCAAUGGAUUCCCUUAAUUAAUUAAAUGUCAGAUAAUAUUUGUAGGAGUUCACCUGAUAGAGAUUUAUCAUUUACAUAUCUUCUUCUGAUUUCAUAUUUUCUUUUCUGUCUGUUUUAUUAUUACAUGUAUUAUAAAGCUAAUCACUAGCCAUAAUAAAAUGAAAGAGGCACUAUUGCUUAUCAUAAUUUACAGUCAAACCUGUAUUAAGCAGUCACCUACGGGAGACAUUAAAAGUGACCUUUUUAGAGAGGUGACCUUUGGAUAGAGUUUCAUCUAAUUAAAGGAAUUUAAAUACAAGUAUGCCAGUUUAUUUGUGUUUAUAUAUAAUGUUUUUCACUUGAAAUAUACAAGGAAGUUAGGUAUUGGGCAUAAUUAAGUGAUCUCACUUUUAUUUUUUUUAUUCCACAUGACUUAUGUGGAUGAAUUCAAACAAAAUUCAAUGAAUCCAAGAAAAUUAUUAAAAUAUUUGUAUAUUGAAUCUUACAAGCAUUAUCCUCCAUCAAAGCAAAAAAAAUUUCUUGUUUUAAGAAUGAAUAUUUUAUGC